GCAAUUCUAAGUGUAUUGACAAUUGCUUGGUCGUGUACAGUUAUAUACUUGACUAUUGAUAUUGUGCAGAACACUGAAGAUGAGUAAAAAGCUCAAGGUCAAGAAUAAUCCGCGCGGCGGAGAUAAAAACAAACAUUCAAAAGGCGAUCAGAAAGCGAAUCAAGAGUUCAAUCAAUAUGCGGACAACUCUGCCUCUUCCAUCGAUCUCUCGGCUAUCUACGACCCGCAGCUCGUCGUGAUAUUCAGAGGACUCCAGAAACGGGACCCAAAGACUAAGGAGAAAGCGCUUGACAAUCUGGUGGCUUAUAUCAGCGAGUCUGAGGAUCAGAUAGAUGAGUCGAUUCUGAUAGUUUGGGUCCAAUUCUAUCCCCAACUAGCCGUCGACUUCUCCAAGCGACAACGCAUGCUCGCCCACAAGAUUCAGGGCGACCUCUUCAAGCUUUUCCAGCGGCAAUCAGCCCGGUACCUCAAAGACUCAAUCGGGCCAUGGCUUGGCGGAAUAUACGACAGCGACAAGUCAGUUUCCAGAGCAGCCGUGUCGUCGUUCGAGUCUGUAUUCGCUACAGAAGAGAAGCGAAAGCAGGUUUUCCAGCUUUUUCAUGCGCAAUUACUGGAGUUUGUGAAGAAGGCUAUUUCAGCAAAGGAUACGCAUAGUGCUUCGGACGAGAAAUAUUUCAGCGAAACCGAUCUCGAACUCCGAGUCACCAGAGAAAUAUCAGCAGGGAUCACCCUUUUCUCAUACCUUUUGGAUAUCACCGCCCCAGAGGCUAUUCAGGAACAGCAAACAGACUAUGCAGAGAUCAUCACGUCCGACACGGUCUGGAAGUCUAUAACUAGUUCCGACGCGUAUCUAGCUAGAGCUUGUCUUACUCUGAUCAUGCAGCUGACGUACAAUUACUUUGAUUGGCUUAAGCCGUUGCAGAAGAAGUUCAUUGGCCAGUAUUUGAUUGCUAAUGGACUUAUGAAUAUCUCGACCGGCGCUAUAUCCGAGUUUUUGGAGUGUCUGGUUAUAGUGACAAGAUUCUACCCCGAGUCGUGGGAUAAAUCGCCCGAAUCUGGUGAACCGUCUAUGAGCCUGUUAUUAUCUUUCAUAUCCCAAGGAAGUAGAUUCUCAGGCCCCAAGUUCUGGCAGCAUAUAGAGCUGCUUAUCGAGAAGCUUCCCACCAGCACGCUCGACAUCAACGAUCCCAAGUCGAUCUCGAUGACCGAUAUUUCGGAAGCAUUCAAGAAUGGCAUGAUGGCAGAGAAUCGUAUGACAGUCGACGCAGCUGCCGACGCGUAUCUGUCUCUGCUCGCUUACGUGCUUACGGUAUCCGACUCUGCUGACGUUCGAGCCUCCGCUUUCAACGAGGCUCUCGAGAUAUUCCAGGAAUACAUCGCUGCUGAAUCAAGCUUUGGAAAGAAGAUAGCAACUGACGGAGUUGCAAGAUCGAUCGGCAGUUUUCUGCGCAACGUGAUUCCAGAGAAAGACGAGCUUGCUAUUGAUUUCUGGAAAACUAUCGUGGCGUCCAUCAAGACCCUGGUCGAGAAUCCCAUAGACACCGACGCAACAGCGUUCAAGUCAAAAGUAGCUCGCUGGAUCAGCUUGGCGAAGCGCGUCGGCACUAUCCCCGCCGAGUUUUCUGAACGCAUAGAGUUCUCUAGCUCGAUCCGAACAGUCAUCAAAUCCGCUCUCGACAUGGUACGCAAUCUCGACGGUGCUGUCGUUCUUUCUGCAUUUGCGCUUGAGGCCUUGCUCAAAGAGUUUCUUUUGCUGGUUAAAAGCGAUGCAGAUACGUUCAAAAUCGUGGAUGAAUUCGUCAUUGACACGAUCCCGAGCAUAAUAUCUUCGGCAUCGUCUACUCAUCUGAUCAAUAUCUGGCUGGCCUUUGAGCUUGGUAUUGAUGAUGCAAGCCACACAGCACGGUCCUGGGCAUCUAUAUUAAGUACAGUUUUGGCCUCGUCGUUUGUUGAGACAAAGGAUGAUCUUUUGGUGUAUCUUCUGCAGCAAAUUAAGCCUCUGAAAACCAAAAUUACAAGAUCAGAGGCUUUGGAGGAGUACAUUGCGAAGAAGUCGGAAUCGGUAUUUGAGAACGGAAAGCAGAGAGACUGGGAUGUGAUUGUCGAGUGUCUACUGAGCAGCCAAGUUAUUUCUCCUGACUGUGCCGUCAAAAUUCUCAAAGAUCUGGCAAAAGAGUCCCUGUAUGAUGUUGAAUACGAGACUGUCUUCUUCCAAAAUCUUCUAAAGGUUGCACAGAAGAAUUUUUCCGCUCUCGCUGCAUUCAUCGGAACUGAAGAUGGAACACGCUUCACCUCUCGAUUAUGGCAGAUCACCGAGUCGCCCGACGACUCCUCCGAAGCAGCCAAGGCCAUUCGCCAGCGAUUGGAAGGCCAGCUCAACCUGUCCAAAUCUAGCGAGUCCUCGGGCCUUCUCGACUCACUCGCAAACUCCAUCUUACGCGAUGUCGAGACUAAUCCUGAGCCGACCUGCGAUUCGUUGCUGGCACGGAGUAUAUCGCUGUGGGAGAACGCUGGAUCGGAUAUUAAGCCAUCGCUCGCCCGUAGGUUACUAUUUCCUACCGGUUCAUGGCGCAGUGUUAUUGAUGUUGCUUUUUCGAGACCGCUUUCACCGUCUAUUUCUCUGCUAAACAGCCUAGGCGGGACAAUGUAUCUGUGUACGAAUACUGAGUCUGGCCAGGUUGACAUUGAUUCAGCAGAAAUUUCCUUCAGUUUCGGCACAGCAAGCAACGACAUGAGACUUUACCGGAUGGCAUCCUACGUGCUUCAGCUCAAUGAGAAAAUUGACAUCUUCUCGUUUCUGCCAUAUAAAGAUCAAUUAGAGCAAUUCCUAAUGCUCCAACAGACUGCCGAGCUUGCGAAGGACUCUAUUAACGCAUAUGGCUCUGGAGUCGUGCCUCCUCUGUUUGCCAUCCAGAACUUGUCAAAUGGUUCUGACGGCUUGUUACUCAUCACAGAAAAGGCAAACAAUCUCUUGGAGACAAAAUGUGGUCUUGUUUCGCUGUCGAUGCUGGAAAAAUCAUCUAUUGACGGUACAGCAGAUGACAAGGUGCUUCCCGAGACUUCUAAAGAUGAUGUCCAGUUCAUUACCGAUUUCGUGUCUGAGAUUACAAAACUCACAAGAGCACGCAGCACGCCUGGUUUCUAUGCUGCUAGAGUUCUAGAGUCUCUGGUCGCUUAUCUAGCGGAGGACCCAGAAUUUUCGUCAAAGGAUGCAGACGCCCUGUUUGACAAACUCGAGUUGCGCAGAGCAAAGGAUAAAUUUUCCAGCAUUGCUUUCUUUGAGGGCAUGUCCAAGUACAUUGGCACUAUGACGACUACCGAUCGUCUCCGAAACGAGGUUGCAAGUGACAUAUUAGGAUUGCGGCCUGCUACGAUUGCCUCAGUUGGUUUGGAAAAGGUGAUUACUCUGAAUAGUCUAGUCUGCAAUGUUUUGGACGAGUCAGUCACUCUAUUCCCUCCGCAGAGAGCGAUCAUGCUUUUGCGCCGUGUGCUUGAUAUGCUGCCAGAAGGAUCAGGAGAUAACAUUCCACUGCGGGCGGAAGCGACAAAGUUGCUAGCAGCGAUGCUGCCGACUGUCAAGGAAAUGUAUGGCGAGCAUUGGAGCAGGAUCCUAGGCUGUUUGGUCGAGUCUCUGAGAAUCUGCGAGGAACAGGUUGAGAGCGAAGAGAUCACUCCUCUGCUGUAUCACAGUCUGAAAGUGCUCGUCCGCGUCAAGUCUUUCCAAAGUGAGAACGACGAUAUUGCGGACGCGCUGGCAGAAGAUGUCGAUAUUUCGGAUGCUCUGCUCAGGAUACUAGCGGCUUCUGUCAACCUUAGCCAGCGGUCACAGUCGAGGCUGCUAUGCGACACUGCGCUGUCUAGACAGAUUCUCGAUAUCCCGAGUGACAAGAUCGCGGACCCAGUUCCUCUAUACCCCAUUCUGGCAGUCGAGUCAGAGCCGCUGCAACGAACGAUUUUCAAACUCGCAGGACGAGCAAUCCCAGUUUUGCAGGAGUCCCUGGCCGUUGAGGCAGCGCUUGACACACACGGAGUGUUCAAUAUUGAAAUCCCAGCAGAGCUAUUGUCGUUCGUGAUGAGCGUUCCCGAGGCUGUCGAGGGCGACUUUGUCCUCGAGGACGUUUUGGCUGCGGGGAUGACUUGUCAAAUGAGGACGUAUUUAUACUCUUGGAAGCUGAUAUUUGAGUAUUUGGAGCAUGCGCCAUUCGCUCUGAAGACGAAAUACAUCAUGAGCUUGAAAGAAGGUGACUAUAUUGAGUCACUUCUCAACCUGCUCGCAUCCUUACUUUCUCUGGACUCUGGCAAACCCGUUGAUGUGUCGAAGUUCCCGUUUGCGAAAUUUGAUCCGGACGAAGAUAUGGGUUCGUCGACGCGCGAGCUGCAGUGGGUUCUUUUGCAUAUCUACUACAUGUGUCUUUACCAAUUACCGUCGAUUGUGCGAAAAUGGUGGUCUGAGAUCCGUAAUCGUCAGCUUAGUAUUGCGGUUGAGAAGUUCACGCAGCAGUACUUCUCGCCAGCUCUUAUUGAUAGCGAGCUUCACUCGGUUCAGAACCGCCUGGCUGAGUCGGGCGUCGCUGCCGACGACGAGAAUAUUCAGGUCAAGGUCAAUUACGUGCUGCGAGAGGUAGCCGCUAUUUACACAAUCGACGAGCAAACUAUGGGAAUGGUGGUACAGAUCCCAUCGAGCUUCCCAUUGCACGACGUACACGUUGACGGCAUCAAACGUGUGGGAGUGAAAGAGAACCAAUGGCGAGCCUGGCUUCUUGCCUCACAAUCAGUCAUCACCUCUCAAAACGGAACAAUAGUCGACGCCUUAUCGCUCUUCCGACGAAACGUUAGUCUCCAUUUCGAAGGCGUUACCGAGUGUGCGAUUUGCUACUCGAUUCUGCACCAGGAUCGCUCGCUACCGAGCAAGAAGUGCCAGACUUGCAAGAACAAGUUCCAUGCUGGAUGUUUGUUUAAGUGGUUCCAGAGCGCGAACGCGAGUACUUGCCCGCUGUGUAGACAGCCUUUCACGUUUGGUCGCUAGGAGGUUGAGGUUUAUGUACAGAGAUAGAUUUGCACAGUGUAGUGUGGGGAAUCAUGGCUAAAGGUUUAAUAUAUCAAUAUUAGCACCACAGUCAUAUAUGAGCCACUUGACAAAUAGAGCAUGUGUUUAUCCAGAAAGUCUUUGAAUCGAACAAACAUUAUGAGUUCCGGCAGCGGGGUCGAUACACCUUGGUGAUGGUAUC